GUGAGGAGAAAAUUGCUUGCAUAUUGUGAAAAUGUUUGAAACCGUUCCCUGGACAAUGUGUUGAUGCUUUAUUCUGCGUCUAAAUGCGCACUUCUGGUACGGUAGAAUCAUCAAAACUACGAUACCGGAUUAGUGCGAUCUGCGACUUGGUUACCACGGGACUUUCCCACCCUCUUAAGGAGCUCAAAAAGAUAAGCAUGUUGGCCAACGAAAGUGAAAGCAUCGGCUACUGAUAAGCUGAUGAUCAACAAGCAUGGAAACCAGUGAUAAAAGUGAAAGUAAAAUUAAAGAGAAGCUGAACCUGCACGUUAAAAAACGACUACAAGAGUCGUCCAAGCAACCGGGCCAUGACAAUGAUGCGCACAACUCGAAGGACAUAGCGCCCCCGGUCGGUCCUCGGGCCAAGCGACAGAAAACUAAAAAUGCCACAAAACCCACGUCGACUGUCGCUCCCGUUAUCAAAGAUUUGGCAAAAGGCAACGAGUUGCUUCUGUCGCCCGGCGGUAACGACACCACAAACAGCAGCAUAAACUCAACCGAUCAGGAGGUGAACGACCGCGAGGCGGUUGAUCGUAUCGCUGCGACCGACAAGCCGGCAAAGGCCGGUCAGCGGCUAGACAUCUUUUCGUGGAUAUUGAAUCAAAAGAAAAGUACCCUGAUGCGCGAUCCGGAGGUUGUGGCCUGUUUGAACGCUCUAAGCGAACGAAAAAAGUGA